UCUUUAUAGGCUGAUAUUACCCGCGGGCCAAAUAUCAUUCCCGUUCCUUUCCGACAUGGAAUGGGACACCCAAGCGGUCUUCAUAGAAUGAGACGUUCCAUCGGCGCCGAGAAGGUUGAGGAACUGAAGGAAGAAAUGACGAAAAAGAUCAGCAACAUCACCUGUGCUCUCCGGAAACUCGACUACAUUACUGAAGACAAGAAACCAAACUACGAGAAGUUCAGACAGGAAGUUGACGCGAUGACAGUCUCUGACACCCUCAAGACAGACUUCAAGAUGGCCAUUGACAUGUGCCAGAAAUUCAGCCAGUGCUUGCCCGUGGAUAAGGUCAAGCACCCAUUCAUGGAAGAGAUGGGAACCACCAUGGGCUUCAUGAAGUGCUGUGGCUUGAAGAGGAUGACAAUGUGCAUGAAGGAGGACUUCCGCAAAUACGCAUCCGAGAGCGGCUUCGAAGGAGACGUCAAUGAACUCGUUGGCCUGAUGAUGACCAACGUGCCCGAUGACCUCGAGGGCCUGUUCGAGAGUCUCAGCAUGUAAGAGGGAAGCUGGUGGGGGUUCUGUCCCGUCGUCACGAGGGUCGGUUCGCCGGAUGAGUGGAUGUUGCCUGGAGGUUUUAUCUCCACUCGUCUGGGUGUUCCCUUGUGGUGCCUCGGAUAGGGAAUCUUGACCUGGAAUGGAUUUGAUUUUUGUAUUAUAUACAUUUUUUUCUUUUGUUCUUAUGGGGAGUUCCCACUGAUAUUUCUUUUCAAAUGUUUUUUUUUCAAGACAUAAGUUCCCUCCUUCAUACCCUCCCCCCCCACACACACACUUCAAUGGUGAAAAAGACUAUCUGGAAGUGAAGUUUAAUCACAAUAAUUCGAGGGAAGUUUUCGUCAACCUGCAACACGCGGAGUCAUGCAAUUUUGCAUUUUUCACGAGCAUCAGAGAAGAAUAGACGCUACUCUGACCUUUUUUUUGAGGGCAUUUCUGUUAUCAUGAAGAAAAUUAAAGUGCUAACGUCU